UACUGUAUUCAUUGGCGAGCAUGACAUCGCUGGACACCUUGGCGCUGUACGAGCGCAUCCUGUCGCUCGUGGAUUCCUCAGAGCUUCACCGAAGCUCCAAUGUGGUACUGUCAGAGAUACUCUCAGGUGUGGGUAAAUCCGUACACGACGUCACAGCAGCUUUUGCCAAAGUGGAAGAAGUACGCGAUGCCGUGCAUCAACUGGAGCAAGGCAAAGGGCCCAGUGGGCGCAGCGCGACGCUCCUAGAAGUGAUGAACAGCACGUUGCAAUUGCAAAAAGAAUUGAAUGAUAAACUUCAGGGCGUCGUGAGUGGAAUGAAAGUGGACGGCGGAAAAGUAAAGGAAAAAGUGCUGAAGCAGGAGAAGAGGAAACGGGAAGAGCAGUCGGAAUCUUCAUCCAGCGAUUCUUCGUCGUCUUCAUCCAGCAGCGAAGACGACGAGGAAGACGACGACGAAAUGCUGGGGAAUGAACCCAAGAAACAGAAACAAAACGGGUCUCUUGCUGCUCCUGACAAAAAGCAAAGUGCGGAUUUGUCUCUCGCUCACGAGGCUCUCAGCUGCCUUUCGAAGAUAAGGAAAGCUAACCCGAAUACUAAUGCAGAGAUUAGUCGCAAGUGGGUGAAGACGUUGCUUGACCUCAAGCUGAUCCUCACGCACCAGUCAAGUCGUGACGCUCACACAACUGAUAACCCUGCAGCUGAAGUCACAGCUCGCGCACUUGAAACUGCUGUGACAGUGCUCAAAAAGUUUAAGUGGACUCCUGAACGCGCAGAGGAAGUGAGUUCCUUGAUCGCUGCGUUGACGGACUCUUGUUCCAAGAACGAGGUGCUAAGGAUAUAUUUUCACCGAGUUCGAGCGCAACUGGAGAGUCUCGAGAUGAGCAUUCCGCAACAUAUCCGAGAAGCUACUGGGGUACCGAAGCUUAGAACCGAGAAAGGAAAAAGUGCCAAAUUGGUGGAAGACCAGAAGAGGCAAGCUGCGAAGACUCAUUCCCAACCAUCCAAGGCGCUGAAAGUGGUUGAAGAAAUGCAGGACCGACUGGAAAAGAUAAUAGCUCAAGCAGAGCAGUGGCAAGAUGGCAUUUUUUCGGUGAAUCAGCUCGACAAGGCCGUCAAGGAACUUCGAGAUGUUGUCUCUUACCGUUUACAGUCUUGGGAUACGCUACCGGACUUGGACACCGGUUUGUGCGCGGACAAGUUGAUUCGCUGCAUUAAGUACAUCCAGAAGCCAGUCCACCGUGAGAAGUACCUGAAGAUCGUGAACAAGUUGAAACAAAAAGUUGAUAGCCGUCGAUGA